AUGGCCUUCCCAAACUGGCUGAGGAUUAUCCUUUCCGCUUUGACAGUCUUAUCAUUAUAUCCUCAGAUUCAAUGCAUUCGGUCCAGAAAGGAUAGCUCCGGCAUCUCCGUCUACUAUGUGCUCUUCAAUCUUAUCGCUGCCACAGAACAGUUCACAAUAGUGGUUUUCUUCCUGGUGAACAACAAUAUCGGUGGUGGUGAAGUUUUUGUUCACUCGCCAUCCAGCACAGGCGACUGGCUUAAUUUAGGUCAGAUGACAGUGUCUUACGUCUUAUUUCUUAUUUUCUUCGCCUUUACACUCCAUUAUCUUCCUGACGACGUCGCUCAUAAACUCACCGCUCUAGCUGUAUACUCCGCAUUUCUUUUUGUUUCUGUUUUCCCAGAGCUCUAUUAUGUCAUUACUGGGGGCAUUUAUGACAAUGGUCCCUACAGAGAAUUGCCCCUCUCCCUUUUCGGCGGCUACCACCUUAUCUUCGUCAACCCCGUUGUGACCCUCUUUAUGGUUAUCUCAAUUAUUUUUCAGGUCCGCCAGACUUUGCAAGAGCCUUCUUCUUUCAUGAGUGUCAGUGUGUUCGCGUUCCAAGCCUUUGUUUUCGCUUUGCUGGGCGUAUCAUGGCUACUGCGAAUUCGAUGGCCACCGUCAGGCAUGCCCGCAUUCUACAGGUCACCCGUUCUUGAGAUGUACCGAUUGGUUGGAUGGGCAGCUAUGGACCAUCUCGUUUACGCGCUUUGGCAGGCGCUUCUUUGUUUUAUUGUCUGGAGACGUGGUGUCAAUUCGGCUCAAAGUCCUGGUGGGGAAACAGAACCCUUGUUGGCCGAGUAG